UAAGAGAUUAGAAUUUCAUUAACUUUAACCAUCUAUGGGUGGAUAAAUGAGAUUUUCAAAGUUAGGGGUAGAAACUUGGGAAUGCACCUUUGGCCUAUUUUAUAUGUAUAUAAUUUUAUUGUAAGCAAAAGCAUGACCGCUUACCAUUAAAGUUCAUCUAUUAUAUGAUAACAGAGUUGUAAAGGCACGAUGGUUGUCAAUGACUUAACCAACACUACUCUUUUCUUUUUGACUGCAAGAAGAGUAAGGCUAACAAAGAAAAAGCAAAUAAGCCACCACAGAUGACCCUAAUUUCCGUUUAUACAGUGCAUGCUCCAUCAGUUUCUCUCAUUCAAAAGCUUACUUAUCAAAUUAUUUAGGCUCAUUUGCAAAGGAAGAGAUGGAUCUAAGAAACGUUCAAGUGAGUCCUCGAGAGUAUUUACAAUUAAGAAAGUUCAAAAUUAGUGAAGAAAUGAAAUGUUUAAAAGAUUUUGUACAACAAUACAACAAUAUCCCAGAAAUAAGAGAUGACAUCAUUGACUAUCUUCAAUCUCUUCGACGAGAUCUACAGGAUAUUGAAUCUUCAUUGCAACGUGGAGAACCACCUGUAUUUUCCAACAUCAAUGAAACAGAUCGACACCAUGGACAGGAAAUCACUCAACAAAAUGCCUAUUUUGGACCUAUUCUAAAUGAAGAGAGUGACGUAGUGAUGAGUCCAAAUGCACAAAGUUUAUCAUGUUCUAAACGAAAAAGAUGGUCAAAGGUUUGGGAUGAUUUCACAAAGUAUGUAGGUGAAGAUGGAAAAGAACAAGCUAGGUGUAAACAUUGUAAGAAAGAGUUUGUAGGAUCAAGUAAAAGUGGAACCACACAUCUCAAAAAUCAUUUACAAAGUUGCGUUGGUUUGAGAAAUCCAAGUGCAGUUGCAGACAAAGUAAAAGAGAAAAGUAUGAUUGGUCCGAAUUUGAAUGGCUCUGAUUUUGUGCGAAGGAUAAUUAAGUAUGGGCUAAGCGGCUUCAAGGAUGAUAUUCUUGUUGUUUAUGAACAAGAGAAGUGUAAAUCUCGUGGAUAUAUAGAUAAGCUCCCUUCUCGUUUUAACGUAACAAUUGAGAGGGGGCUGUGGAGGCCUUUUUGGUUUAUGAGAAUUUGGUUUGUUGAUGAUAGUUGGGAAUUGAGAAACAUUAUUAUUUUUGUGGCAAAAUGUGAAGAUGAGGAUGAAGAUGAAGAUGAAGAUGAAGACGAAGAUUAUUACUGUGAAAUUUUGAAGUCUUUGCUUGUGGACUGGAACAUACAUAGAAAAAUAUGUUCUAUGUUUAUCAAGGAUGGAAAAGGAUACGAGGAAGUUACCAAGAAUUUGAACAACUAGUUCAACAAUGGAGGUUCACUACCUUUUAUUGGGACAGUUGUUUCGGGUUAUGCUUUAUUAAAGAUAUUUGAUUGGGAUUUUUUAAAUCAUUUGAAAGAAAUUUCGCCAAAUAAUAUUAUUGGUAAAGCGUCUAAGCUUAGGGACUACAUCUGCACACCUUCCAAUGAUCAAAAGUUUGGAUAUGCGACAUAUCUAGCUCAAUCCAAAGGCAAAAUGGUGACUUCCGAAAUUGUUCCUCGUUCGUCGAUUGAGAUUGACGUUCUGCUUGGGUGGGUAAUGGGAUGUAAAGAAGCAUUUAGUGAAUUGGAGCAUAUAGAUCCCGAUUUCAAGUUUAUCAAUUUUACAAAAGAGGAUUGGGAUGAUGCAACUUUAUUGUAUGGUAGUUGGCAAGUGCUACAUGAUUUCAAAGAGGAAAUUUUUAACUUGGUAGAUCCUACAUGUAAAACCGUCAGUGUGAAUUUCGAAAUAGUUCGUGACGUCUUUUUUAAAUUGGUUCAAUUGAGGAAAAGUGAUAAUUAUUACAUCUGCCACAUUGCAUCACUUUUCAAAGAAAAUCUUGCAAAAUAUUGGAAGAAUUCUAGGUCAAUUUUAGAAGUCAGGGUCAUUUUGGAUCCACGGUGUAAAUUGGAGAUGGUAGAAAAUAUCUACAAAAUGAUUUAUGAUAAUGAUUCUGAGAUACACCUUCAAAAAGCGAUUGAUGAUGUUACAAAUAUUUUCAAUGAAUAUGUAAAAGGCAUGUCAUCAUCCUCUUCAAGCCAUGACUAUAGUGCUUCACUUGAAUCAGAAUUCAGCUGUUAUUUGAGAGAUGAGUAUCCUCAAGAUGAAAGGUUUGAUAUUCUACAAUGGUGGCGUGACAAAUCUCAAAUUUAUCCAACAGUGGCUAGAAUGACACGUGAUUUCUUUUCAAUACCUAUUAAGAUUCCUUGUUUAGAUUCUUCCUUGUGGUAUGCAUUUCAAGGUAUUCAUGCUAGUAAUAGUUGCCAUGAUCUCAAUGAUGACUUCAAAUCCAAAUUGGCAUGUACAAAAAAUUGGUUGAAUGUCUUUGAAAAUAAUUAAUUAAGUUGUUGAAUAUAUGUUAUAAUUUUUGUCCUUUUAAUGUGGAAAGGAUUAACAUUUUGUUAUAUAAAAAUGAUAAAAUAUUAUGCUUCUCA